AUGAGUAGUAAAAUCAGUCCCGACCUUAAUCCAGUUUUAGAGGCAGAGAAGUCUCACAAGAAUGAGGAAGAAAAGUCUGAGAAGGAUGAGGAAGAAAAGAGUGAAGAAGAAGAGAGCAAAGAAGAAGAGAAAGAAGAAGAGGAGAAAGAAGAAGAAAAGAAGAAGGGAAUGACGACGAAGGAGAGUCCUCCGAUGAUAAUAAUGCCUGUAAAGAAGAAAACUGGGUUAAAGAGGAAGAGAGGAGUAGCAACGAAGCUAAUUGAUAAAGGAACAAAAGCAACGACGGAGGAGCCAUCCUCGACGGAGCAAAAUAAGGCGAUAGAGGCAGUGAAAGAAGAUAAGUAUGACAAGAAUGAGGAAGAAAAGUCUGAGAAGGAUGAGCAAGAAAAGAGUGAAGAAGAAGAGAGCGAAGAAGAAGAGAAAGAAGAAGGGAAUGACGACGGAGAAGAGUCCUCCAAUGAUAGUACAACAACGGAGGAGCCAUCCUCGACGGAGGAGCCAUCAUCAUCAGAGCAAAAUAAGGCAAUUGAGGGAGGAGGAACUGAAGAACCAAUCCUGGCCUUAACUCCGGUUUUAGAGGCAGUGGAAGAAGAGAAGUCUUACAAGAAUGAGGAAGAAAAGUCUGAGAAGGAUGAGGAAGAAAAGAGUGAAGAAGAAGAGAGCGAAGAAGAAGAGAAAGAAGAAGAAGAGAAAGAAGAAGAAAAAGAAGAAGGGAAUGAUUGUUGGGGUCGGAUUUCCCCAAAAAGACCGAGCCGAGCAAGAGAGACUAGAUACGCCCCGGGAUCUCAGCUUACUACUUCAACGGUAGGAAAACUAUUCACGAGAUGCUACCUACUCGGGUAUUCAUUAUCCGGCUCAUGUGCCACUCCAAGAAACACACCUCGAGCCAGGAAAGGAAAUACCUCGGGAUUCCGGGCCAGCGCGGAAGACAUUAGGUUGCAUAGAAUGUACACCGAGCCGAUGCCUAGCGUUUCAUAG